GAGAGAGAGAGAGAGAGAGAGAGAGAGAGAGAAGUGAGGAAGAAGAGGGCAAAGAGAGAAAUAAGUUUUUAUUUAGGUGGAGAAGGAGUGAGAGUUUGGAGAGGAGGAGGAUCCGGAGCUUCAUUUUUCCUUUUCUUUUUCUUUUUGUGGCUGUGAUCGCCGCCUGCCUCUUCUCCUCCUCUCCUCUCCUCUCCUCUCUCCUCCCCAUCACCUCCACCUCCACCUCCUUCUCCUCCUUUUCAUCCUGACUCUCCUCUCCCCAUCUCCCGCCGUGGGGUCUCAGCUCUCCGUCACCCUCCCCCCCUCCCUGGCUCCCUACCUCCCCCGGGCGCUGCUGGGAGCCUCCGGGCUGCUGCGCCGCAGGAGGAUGUCUCGCAGGGAGUCUCCGCCGCCACCCUCUCCUCCUCCACCUCCGCAGAUGCUGGGAGUGCGGAGGGGAGACGAGGACCGUCCGGAGCGCGCCGAGCCGCUGUCCGAGGCGGAGAGGGAGAUCAUCCAGGACACGUGGGGGCACGUCUACAAAAACUGUGAGGACGUGGGGGUGUCCGUGCUCAUAAGGUUCUUUGUAAACUUCCCAUCAGCCAAACAGUACUUCAGCCAGUUCCAGGACAUGGAGGAUCCAGAGGAGAUGGAGCGCAGCAGCCAACUUCGGCACCAUGCCCGCAGAGUGAUGAAUGCCAUCAAUACUGUGGUGGAGAAUCUCCACGAUGGGGAGAAGGUGUCGUCUGUGUUGGCCCUGGUCGGAAAGGCCCAUGCUUUAAAACACAAGGUGGAGCCCAUGUACUUCAAGAUACUGAGCGGUGUAAUGCUGGAGGUGUUAUCUGAAGAUUUCCCAGAAUUCUUCACAGCCGAGGUGCAGCUGGUGUGGACCAAACUGAUGGGGGUGCUGUAUUGGCAUGUGACAGGGGCGUACACAGAGGUGGGCUGGCUCCAGGUCUCCAGCUCAGCAGUGUGAAGAGUGUACAGAGGAGAUGGUCUGAAGGAGUUUUCAGUGGACUUAAUGAAAUGGAAAAAAGGAAAUGAUGUGUUUGUGAUCAUCUAACUAGUAGACAGAGAGAAAUACAAUUGCAAGGAGUUCUGUGCGGAACAUUUCCCCUUGAUUCUGUCUUUUAUUUUGGUGACAUUUUGGUGCUAAGCCUUCAUUGCUGUGCUGUUCACCACACUGCCCUCAGAUCACUUUGAUGCCCACCAGUGUAGCUAGUUGCUUUUUCUAUUUUAUUUUUAGUAAGUGGGGCUUCUUUUGUUUGGUUAUUACAGCAAACACAUCAUUUCCUUCCUUCUUCCCAUUGAAGAGCUGCCAAGUGCUUAGAUGAGCAAAGCUUUAAUGUACCAGUAUAGGAUAUUUAUUUAUUUAUUUACUGUUCAGUGAAAUUAUCUGCCAGUUGUCCCCUUUGUUAAGCCCCGCCUCCCUUAGUUACUGUUGCUAUGCCUUUCAAACUUUGUGUUUUAGUGUUUAGCAGUGAUCACAGUUAGCGCUAAAUUGUCAUUAACUUUG